UGCAACGCCAUCUACAUUGUUUUCCCUAACAACAAAAAUGGCUGACCAAGAGGAGAAAGCAGCUUCUCCAGCUCCUGCUGAAGAACCAGCACAAGAAAAAGCAGUGACCCCACCUGCUGAAAAUGGACAGGGUGAUACUCCGACAGAACAAGCCACAGAGACCCCUGCAGAACCAGAAGUACAGGGUGAAACAAAGCCUGAGACUCCUCAAGCUGAGGUCAAAGUUGAGGGUGAUGCAACAAACAAUGCAACAGAAGAACAGACACCAACUGAGACAGGGGAGGGAGAAAAACAGGAAGCAAGUUCUCCUGCUGCUGAAGGAGGAGAAGAGAAAACAGAAGAAACACCUGCAGAAGGAGGAGAGGAACAGAAAGGAGAGACUGAAGGAGAGGAAAAGAAAGCUGAAGGUGAAGGUGAAGCUGAGCAGAAGCCUGAAGGUGAAGGUCAGCCUGAGGGUGAAGGUGAACAAAAACUAGAAGGUGAAGGUGAACAAAAGCCAGAAGGUGAAGGUGAACCUGAAGGUGAAGGAGAGACAGCUGCUACUCCUGCUGGUGAAGAGGGAGAGAAACCUACUGAAGAAGGAGAGCAAAAGGAAGGAGAGGAAGCUGGAUCAAAAUCACCUGUACCUCAAAGUGAUACAUUUGCUGAAGGGGAACGACCAGAAGAGGAUGGUACAGGCGUAGAGGUAGCAGAGAAAUUAUCCCGUGAGGGAAGUCCUGCCCCAGAGGUCAAACCAGAUAUCUUGGAACCUGGUACUCCAGAAAGGUCCAGACCUCCUUCAGAAACAGAGAUGAGAGAUGGACACAUGUCACCUUUUAUGGAGGAGGAUGAGGAGGCUGUACAGAAAGAAGAAGAAGGUAGAGAAGAAGUUGAAGAAGAUGAGGAGGAUGAAGAAGAAGAAGAAGAAUAUAACUUGCAACCCCAGUAUGACAGAGAUGAGUUGUUAGAAAAAUACACACUAAUAAUGGCAGAACGAGAGCAGCUACAACAACAGAACUACCAGUUACAACAUAAAUUAGCAGAAUUUUUUAGAAAGAAAAAAGCAGAUGAUGUAAGACAAGAUUAUGACAAAACUGCCAGUGAUCAGGAUUCUAAAUAUGUUAAAUAUAUAAAUCAACUUGAUGAGCUCAGAAGUCAAGAUAGUAAAGAAAAAGAACAGUAUAAGUUAGAAAUGGAUGAUUUGAGAUUAAAAUGUGAAGAAAGAAAACAAAAAGUAGAUGAAGAAAGAAAUAAAUUUAUGGAAUUUAAAAAACAAGUAGCAUUGAAUGCUAUUAGUAAUAGAUCAGGAAAACCACUGCCACCUAAGGAUAUAGAGCAAGCAUUGAUAGCUGAAAAAAAGAAGGAAUCAGAUGUAGUAGAUGUCCGAUUGGAAAACAUCAAAUUAAAGAAUAAAUUAAAGAAAAAAGAAAUGGAACUCAAAUCUAAGGAAGAAUUAGCUGCUGGUUUGCAUUUAAUUGACUUUGAACAGUUGAAGAUAGAAAACCAGACAUAUAAUGAGAAAAUAGAAGAGAGAAAUGAGGAAUUGUUGAAAUUACGUAAAAAGAUAACCAGCACUGUACAAGUAUUAACACAUCUAAAGGAAAAAUUACAGUUUGUGCAAGGAGAAAAUUUGAGAGAAAAAGAAGUGCUCAAAGAUGUAGAAAAAGAAGUAGCUAUGAAAAGAGACAUUUUAUCAAGGACAAAACAAGCCAGAGAUGCUUUACGUAUAGACAAUCAGAAGUUAAGACAAAAUUGUGGCCUGUUAGGCAAUGAACCAUUAUUAAGAGAUUUUGAAGAGAGAAAAGAUGAAGGGGACGAUUUAAAAGACAGACUUGAAAUGCUAAAAAUGAGACAUGCUGAACUGACGUUAAACUGUAAUCAAGUUAGACGCAAAAUCGAGCAGGCACGACAGAGUCGAGGGUGAAAAAUUUGUUAAUAGACAAGCAAUUUUAUAAGACUGUGAUAUUUAUUGUUUUAUAUUAUUAUGUACAGAAAUAAAUGUAAAAUAAGUGUU